GGCCCAGAUCCUCGAGAAAGGACAUCACUCUCCAGUCUGAUCACUGUCAAAGCUUCACAGUCCCACGGAUCAUCCCGCAACUCUAGCAAUGGCCUCUUUCACCUCCCUCUGCCUGGUCGUCCUCGUCGCCUCAUGCCUUGUGGCUGACACUCUGGCCUUGGGCUACGGUUUAGGAAUGAAGGGAAUGUACGGAGGUCUGGGAAUGUACGGAGGCAUGGGAAUGUACGGAGGUAUGGGCAUGUACGGAGGUAUGGGAAUGUACGGUAUGGGAAUGCCCUUCUACGGCGGAUACGGAUACGGAAUGGGAUACCCCAUGAUGGGAGGUCUCGGCAUGUACGGAAAAUACUACUAAUUCCUGUUCAAGCGUUGGGUCAUAUACGGCGUAAAGAUGAUGUCUUUCACCAUUGUUUUCUUGUUCGAAUAAAAUGUUUACACAAAUCUAUACAAGAAA